AUGUCCACCAUCUCACCAACUCAGCUCUUAGCCGAGCUCCAGGCUUUGGCAUCAAACCCACCAAAUGAUCUGGACGAAACACUCCAAACAAAACUCGCUGUUGCUGCCAGAGCUGCAUUUUUAGCAUUGGAGAAGCCAGAAGAUGUCGUUGCACGAGUUUUACUUUCUCAGUCGGUGGAAGGUAUUACGAUCAGAAUUGCAAUUGACCUGAAGCUCUUCUCCAUUCUCAAAGACGGGGAAAAGUCUCUCACUGAACUCGCGGAGGUGACCAAGGCUACACCCGAGCUUCUAGGCCGUAUCCUCCGCAGUCUCGCCGCCAACGGCGCAAUCAAAGAAACCAGCAACGACAAAUACGCCCUAUCCCCAACCUUCUCCCUCUUCGCCAACCCAACAUUCGCAGCCGGUCUGGCCGACUGCGCCGACUUCCUCAACCCCGCCUACCUCGCCCUCCCCUCCUUUCUCAAAUCUACAUCCUACGUCUCCCCCAACGACCCCGCCAACACCGCACUCCAAAGCGCCUUCGACGCCAAAGGCAAAGACCUCAUCGGGAUCCUCAUGGAACGACCGGAGUCCGCGCGCGGCUUCGGGACGUUGAUGAGUACAUGGGGCGAAGGCAAUUCGUUGAUUCAGGAUCUGUAUCCGGUGGGGGAGUUGGGGGAGGGGUUUGAUGGUGAGAGUGUGAUGUGGGUGGAUGUUGGGGGUGGGUAUGGGCAGAAGAGUGUUGCGUUGAAGAAAGCGGUUCCGGGGUUGCCUGGGCGGUUUGUGGUGCAGGAUUUGCCGGGCACGGUGAAGAAUUCUCCUGAGUGUGAGGGUGUUGAGUUUUUGGGGCAUGAUUUCUUUACGGAGCAGCCGAUUAAAGGUGCACGAGCAUACUACAUUCGUCAAUGUCUUCACAACUGGCCCGCAGAGAAGUGCUUGACUAUCCUCAGUCAACUCCGAAAAGCAAUGAAGCCAGGCUAUUCCAAGCUAUUCGUUCACGAGUUGAUUGUCCCAGCUCGAGGUGCUUCAACCUGGGUUGUGACUCAAGAUUUCAACAUGAUGACACUGUGCGCCACGUUAGAGAGGACAGAGGCACAAUGGACCUAUAUCCUAGCUGAGGCUGGUCUUAAAGUGGUGGCGGUAUAUGCAGCUCCAGAUGGGAUUUCUGAGGGAGUGAUUGAGGCGGAAGUUCUGUGA